GUCAAAUUUUAGUUUUCAUUUGACGUUUCGUUGUUGUCGUGAUUUAGCUAAAUAUUUCUUCGUAAAAAAAUUUGAUUUGAUUGCUAAAGAUAUUAAAUAAUAAUAAAAUCCUUUAAAGAUGCCUAGUCAAGAAGUCGUCACCACAAAAGUUGUGGUUCAUCCUUUGGUACUCCUAAGUGUUGUGGACCAUUUCAAUCGAAUGGGAAAGAUUGGUAACCAAAAACGCGUUGUUGGCGUACUCUUGGGUUGUUGGAGAGCCAAAGGAGUACUCGAUGUGUCGAACAGUUUCGCAGUUCCAUUUGAUGAAGAUGAUAAAGAUAAAUCUGUAUGGUUCUUGGACCAUGAUUACCUUGAAAACAUGUAUGGCAUGUUUAAAAAGGUCAAUGCCCGUGAGAAAGUGGUGGGCUGGUACCACACAGGGCCAAAGCUACACCAGAAUGAUGUGGCUAUAAAUGAACUAAUUAGACGGUACUGCCCAAACUCAGUCUUAGUAAUCAUUGAUGCUAAACCGAAGGAUCUCGGGCUGCCCACUGAGGCCUACCAGGCUGUUGAAGAAGUUCAUGAUGAUGGCAGCCCAACUAGCAGAACCUUUGAGCAUGUGCCCAGUGAAAUUGGAGCUGAAGAAGCAGAAGAGGUUGGAGUAGAACAUCUUUUGAGAGACAUCAAGGAUACAACAGUAGGCAGUCUCUCCCAAAGGAUCAACAAUCAAUUGCUCGGGCUCCGAGGGCUCCACUCUCAACUGAGUGAGAUCAGGGAUUAUCUAUUACAAGUUGGCCAAGGCUCCCUGCCUAUGAAUCACCAAAUCAUUUAUCAGCUCCAGGAUAUAUUCAACCUUUUGCCUGAUAUUGCCAAUGACAACUUCAUUGACAACCUUUACAUUAAAACAAAUGAUCAAUCCCUUGUUGUAUACCUUGCAGCUCUUGUUAGAUCUAUAAUAGCACUUCACAAUCUUAUCAACAACAAAAUCACAAAUAGAGAUGCAGAAGAAGGAAAGAAAGAUGAUUCUAAAGAGAAGAAAGAUAAGAAGGAUGACAAAGACGAUAAGAAGACAGAAGAGAAAGUAAAGGGAGAUAAGAAAGAGAGGGAAGAGAAAAAGAAAUAAUUUAAAUCGUCGUUAGUUUAAGUUGUUUGUAAUGCUUCAUUAUUUUUAAAUAAAUUGUAUUUACUAAUUCAAAA